AGUAAGCACAGCUUAUUGAUACUGAGGCAUGGAAUAAACGCCACUAUUUCAGGCUUCUCUAUGAUAUUUUACAUGGGAAAGUUUUACAUGUACAGUGCACUCGCUCGUUUUGCAGGUUUUCACAAAAUGGCGCCAAAACAUGGGAGAAUUAUUCUUGCAUCUGUUUUUCUGUGGCUCUUCCUCUCUUGGAUGAACUGCCAAACUGUUGUGGCACAACUGACAGUAGACGAAGGGCCACAGGAUGCCCAGGUUCGUAUCAGCCAAGAAGUAACUUUCGUCUGUGACUUGAGAAACGUGGAAGGGUAUGAGGUGUUUUGGUUUCAUCAGCAGAGAAAUAUGUAUCUUACCAUUGGAAGACCAGUAAAUGCCGAUUUAAUGCCAGCAGAGCUACGAGAUCGCAUGUCUGUCGUUGGUAGAGCGGAUCAAGAGGAAUUUAGUUUGCGGAUUGAGAAUGUACAAGGUGCCGAUGGUGGGGAUUAUUUUUGCCAAUAUGGCUUACCCUCUGAGAUGGUGAAAAAUGCAGGUAUAGCAGUACUUACUGUUUUGAUCCCUCCCAGCCUGGAGUCACCUUAUUGUCAAGUUGAUCUAAUAUCAGGGACCCGGGGUGAUCGCUUUGAAGUGGGUGAUGAGGUGAAUUUUUACUGCUACCAGACGGAUGGGAAUCCCCCUCCAGACCUCACACUUUUAAGAGGUUAUAACCACCUGGCCGGUCCGAGUCGUACGGUCACUCACCGGUACCUGCUCACCGGAGAUGACAAUGGCGUGACUUUCACUUGCAUCAUGACCACACCUGCCUUGGAUGAGCCGCUUAACUGCUCUGUGAUGCCGCUAAGAAUCUUACCGAAUGCCACCAUUCUGCCAGCACUAUCCACGGCUGACGAGGGAGACCAAGCAUCGUUUGAAUGUUACGGUGAGGGAGAGCCUAUCAUCGCUAACUACAGAUGGAGGGUAGCAAGUGUUGAUACUGGAGGGAUUUUACCGGCAGAUAGGUACUCAGUGUUUGAAAAUGGCCGAUCCAUGGAGAUAACAGUGAUGGAGAAUCUUGAAUUAAUAUGCAUUGUCAGUGUGCCAUCUGGACUGUAUGGUAAUACCACCGCGAGGGUUGAAGUAGUCAAUAGGGAACAGACAAUGAGUGUCAGUUGGUUACUCACAGAUAAACCCUCCAAGGAACCACCCUGCACUUGUCCCCAGAAUGAACAAUUAUCUUCAGUCUCUGUGGCUUUGAUUGUGGUUGUGUUGGUCCUAGCAGUAGCAGUGAUUGUCCUCAUCAUCUUGCUUGUGUGGCAAAGAAAACAUUACCGGAAGUCUACAAGCCCCCCAGCAGGACCGAGAAUGACGCGAGCAGGCCAUGAGUAUGAUGAUGUCCAAGAUGCGGCAGAGCAAGGCCAAGAAAUGCAAGACUCUGCUUAUGCUGCGGUCCAGGAAGAUGGGGAUGGUCCUAUCACCUCUGAGUACCUGGAACUGCAGGAUUCUCCUACGUGCAAGGAAAGCCUCGAGUAUGCUUAUGCUUCCUACCCAGAGCGCAAGAAUGAUCCUACUGCAUCCAGAGGCAAAAUUGGCAAGGCUGUUCCACACCCUGUCAAGAUAAAGAAGCAGAGCCUGAGAGUUCCUAUGCAGGACGCAUCUGGGUAUGAAUUGCCAUCCAAGCUAGCAGCAACCAUCAAAUGAAAAAAACAGAAUGUAAAAGUUGUGUUCCCUGUGCUC